AUGGCGAGCUUCCUCAGAGGAAGGCAGGCAGGUAUACCAGAUCUGUCUGAGAAUAUCCUGCCAGGACUGUUCGGUCCAGACGACCGUUCUCGCUAUGGCAUCAAUUCCAAAAUCAGCUGUAUGGCCUUUGAGCCAGUCCAGUCCCUUCUGGCCGUCGGCACCACCGAAUCCAAGUUUGGCACCGGGCGAAUAGACGUCUUUGGCCAAAACCGAGUCCACAAGUUCUUCGUCCCCCCGCGGACGACCUCCUUCGCAGAUUUGCAGUUCUGCGCCAACAGACUCAUCAGCCUCGACACGAAGAACGAAGUUAUAAUCUGGGACCUGGACCGGGGGCAGCAGAUCACUGGCUUCCAUGCCCCCGGUAUCGUUACUGCUAUGACUACCGAUCCUAUGUUGGAUUGGUGUUUCCUGGGUAUGCAAACGGGGGAAGUCUUCGCCUAUGAUUUGGAUCGAGAGCGUCUGUCAAAAUUUCGCUUGCCCAACUUCUGGGUCGACAAAGACCCGAGAGCGACUGCUGUGGGACUGGUUUCCAUGCAGCUUCACCCCCGGGAUAUUGGCAAGCUACUGGUUGGGUAUACACACGGGGCCGCCGUUUACUCAUUCAAACAAAAUCAGCCAACCAAGUUUUACGAAUAUUCCAUCCCACCGGGAGCUCCUGGUGGCAACAGCCUGGCCGCCGACUCCCUGAGGAAGCCCAAACUCGUUCAAGCCAUAUGGCAUCCCACGGGUACCUUCAUAUUAGGCGCCUAUGAUGACGGUAGCCUCGUGUUCUUUGAUGCGAAAGAUGGUCGUGUGGUCAUGGCACGAACCUUGUACGAUGUGAACAUUGAUCAUCCCGGUCCACAUCCUGGAACGUCCCAACCCAAAAAGCCAUUCCUAAAGAUUGCGUGGUGUUGCAAACAGAAUCCCGAAGAUACUGCACUCUUAAUCGCUGGCGGCCAGACCUUGGAAGCGGAUGGCUUGACUUUCAUCGAGCUCGGUCUGACUCCCAACUACGCGACAAGUUCCUGGCAAAUUCUCACCGACUACCUCAAGGGGAAGCGGAAGAGCACAUUAGAAACGCCUAUUGGCGCUGAAGUUGCGAACUUCACCAUGGUUCCGAGAUCAUCGCCUCAUUUUGCGGGAGGUCAAGACCCCUUAGCCAUCCUGACGCAACUGUCUUCGGGAGAAGUUAUCACUAUGAGUUUCCCCAGUGGGUAUCAUAUCUCACCCACCAAUCAGCUUCAUCCGUCUCUAUCUCUCGUCCAUCCAUUUGCUACCAAGCUUACUGUCGCCACACUCGACCGUGAUAGGUGGCUUGGAAUGGUUGAAACUCGGUCAAAGGGGGAGCUUUUGCUCAAGGGUGGAGCUGAAGCAGCCCGCCCACGACGACGUUUCGAGGGUCGUACCAUCGUCCAGGUUGCACAUGCUGAUGGUACGGUGCGCAUCUGGGACGUAGGACAUGGUGACGAGAUCGAGAAUCCAUCGCAACUGCAAGUCGACGUUGCCAGAUCUCUCGACCGAUAUGAGGACAUUAACAUCACAGCCAUGAGCAUGGCACUUGCGACUGGAGAACUAUCCGUAGGCACAAGCAGAGGUGAAGUAGUAAUCUACCGUUGGGGAGGGAAUAGGCUUCACGGCCAGAAUGUUAACCAGAAGCUCGACUCUAAAAAUGGCGGGGGUUUGACGGACAUCAGCGUGAGAACGGAGCCGGACCUGAAAAGUGGCCUCCAGCCGUUCUCGCUCUACGAACUGCACGAAGGUCCCAUUAGCGCUCUCACUACGUCUGAUGUGGGCUUUGUUGCUGCUGGAUCCGAGAAUGGCUUUCUCAGCAUCAUUGACCUUCGAGGGCCAACGGUGAUGUUGCAGGCUUCGAUGGCCGACUUUGCGAAGCCCGAGAAGCGUACUUCCUUCCUCAAGAGCCGGUCUAGCGCCUCAGUUAGCAAGGACUGGGCAGUGGCAAUCGAGUUUGGUGUGAUGACACUUGACGACGACAAGUAUUCCAGUAUCUGUUGUUUUGUUGGCACACACCUGGGUAAGGUCUUUACAUUCAAGUUGCUACCCAAGGGCGGAGGCUACAAUGCCGCGUUCGCUGGUGUCACCAGUCUCAACGAUAAGGUCGUAUCCAUAUGUCCGAUAGUUGCAGAAACUGGAAAACCUGCUCUAGCAACAGGCCACGCGGUCGCGGCAUUGAAGGAAGGGAGACAUGUCAAUGGCGUACUCGUAGCUGUCACACAAUCCGAAGCUCGCAUCUUCAAGCCCGCCACCUCCAAAGGUGCAUCGAAGUCAUUUGAUGAUUACCUCUGUCACGCGGCCAAAGUGACCGAUUUUGAAUUGCACGGCUUUGCGUUGGUUGGGAUCUUCAAUGACGGGCAGACGAGAGCCUUCAGCUUACCCGGCCUCAAAGAACUCGGGAGUGCUCCGCUUCCAAUGAUGGACAGCAGCCGGGUCCAGGAUUCGCUCGUCACUGAAGACGGUGGACUAUUCUGUUGGACGUCGCCAUCUGAGUUUGCAGUGCUUCAAGCUUGGGGGACCGAGAAAAAGCUGGAGAACUCAGCUGAUGUUCUAGUAAAUCCCGCCCUCGUCACACCACCACGACCUACGAUUUCCAACAUGGCCUGGAUUUCCGGAACACAGUACGUCUCGCCGACGGACCUGGAUCUCUUGAUUGGCGGUCCCGACAGACCUCCGAGUAAGAGGAUGAUGGCCGCGACAACUGCCAUGGAACGGGAUGCUCGCGGGGGAGGGCCUUCAAGUCCAGGCGGCGCUGCCGGAAGCCAGGAGGGCUGGGGCGACUACCUCACGAGGCAACUGAACGAGCGCACGGAGAAGCUGAAUAUGAUGAAUGACAACAUGGACUCCGUGGCGACGAGUAGUCAGAAAUGGGCAGAGGAUGCUGCGAAGUUCGCCAACCGGCAGAAGCGGAAUAUGAUCCUGGGCAGCAUUACUCACAAGUUUCUAUGA